AGGAGCGUCAGUGUAAACAAACAAGUCGUGGACGAUAAUCUUUCGGAGGGGGCGAAAAAACAUCAUGGAGGAGGAGUUUGAAUCAAGAGCUUGGGAUGAUGCCCCAGACACAGAACCACUCGAGGAAGAUGAGGCACUCAGCCCGGCUGACGUGCAGUCGAACUGCUUACGGCAGUUUUCAAGCACAGAUUUCAUCAUGGAACCUGGUAUAUUUUCUACCCUUAAAAGGUAUUUCCAGGCUGGUGGCAAUCCAGAGCAGGUUAUUGAGAUGUUGUCCGAGAAUUACCAGGCUGUUGCACAGAUGGCUAACCUUAUGGCUGAAUGGCUUAUCUUGGCAGGUGCAAGCAUAAAUGAUGUGCAAGCAAUGGUUGAAAACCACCUGAAGCAGAUGAUUCUCAAAACUUUUGAUCCAAAGAAAGCUGAUACAAUUUUCACAGAGGAGGGAGACGCCCCAGCAUGGUUGACAGAGUUGAUAGAGCACAGCACGUGGCGAUCUGUGGUAUACAAGUUAGCAGAAGAGUUUCCCGACUGCCUUAUGUUGAACUUCACAAUCAAGCUGAUUUCAGAUGCAGGUUUCCAAGGAGAAAUUACAAGUAUAUCGACUGCAGCACAACAGAUUGAAGUGUUCUCCAGAAUUCUCAAGACUUCUACAUCCACUUUCCUUCAGUCCCCAGAAGACACGAGACACAAAGCUGUCGUGGAAUUUGCUAAAAUGGUGUGUCACGGUCAGCAUACGUACAUCUACGCACAGGUCAUGUUGCAGAUCCUUGCCCAAGAAACAAAGGGAGGAAAUAACAUUCGAAGAUUGCAGCAAGAGAUUACUAAAUAUGCUAUUAACAACGGCCACAAUGUAACCCCCAUCCAGUUGGCUCUGAAUGGUGCGAUGACCCACCCCAGAGCAGCUCAGGCUUUGGCCCCUAUGCUUUCACGCAAUGCCUUAAAUCCAGCCGAUAUUACUGUACUCUUCAAGUUGUACAGUUCCCAAGACCCUCCGUUGGUUGAGUUGAUACGUAUACCACAAUUAUUAGAGUUGCUGAUUGAUGCUUUGUUCAAGCCUGGGAGCAAGGUCAACCAGGAACACAAAGGGAAAUACAUAUACCUCCUUGCUUACAGUGCGAGUGUCUAUGAGACUCCCAAAAAGGGUAGCCGUCCCAGACAGGUGAACAGAGAUGAUUUAAAGCCCACACAGCAAGCCAUUGAGAAGGUCCACAACAUUUGUCAGGGUGGGAAGUCUGCAAUGGAAUUAAUUGCAGAGAUUAAUACACUGUAUCAGUGUAUCAGGUUCCCUGUGGUGAGCGUUGGUCUCGUCCGUUGGAUUGAGUGCGUCGUAAAGGAACCAAGUUAUUUCAAGCUCUGCACAGAGACAACACCGACUCAUCUUGCUCUGCUGGAUGAGGUCGUUUCCAUACACCUCCUCCUCCACAGUCGAGUUCUCAAUCUCCUCAUAGAACUCUUUGAGUCAGAAUUCCAAGACCUAGAAAUUCUUGUACAGUUGGAGCUGCGGAAGAUGCUGUUGGACCGAAUGGUGAAUCUCCUGAGCAGAGGAUGCGUUCUCCCAGUGAUGAAGUAUAUCAAGAGCUGUUACACUAAGGGAGACACCGACCUCCUUUCCGUUCGAGGUAAGCUUGUUUUUGUGUUGGAGAUUGUGGCACCGCCAUACACUGUUGAGUUUGUGCAGUUGUUCCUCCCUUUGGUUGAGAAUGAAGACAUCACAGGUUCAAUGAAAAUGAAUACUGACAGUGAUCUUGUCACAGAAUUUAUAGCACACUGCAAGUCCAACUACUAUGUUGUAUAAGAAGCAGAACUGUAUUGGAGUUUAUUUCAUAGAAACUUCUUCAUUACAGAUCUAAACAAUUGUCAAAGGGGAAUGUAACCCAAUGAUAAACCAAUACCAGAUAGUUGAAUGUGAAUAUGGGUAAAUAGAUAGAUAGAUAGAUAGAUAUAUAGAUAGAUGAAUAGAUAAAGUGAAAGAUAUAUGUAGAUAGAUAGGGAGAUAGUAAGUAGAAAGAUAUGCUAGUAAUUAGAGAAGUAGAGAUAGUUGAAAGAAAAUUUUGUUGUCCAUAGUAUAUAAGGUAACUGCUGACUGCUUACAGUAGAUUGGCCGACAUAUAAUGUUUAAUGAAUGCUGAUGUGCAAGAAGUAAAUCCACACAUGCCUUUUAUUAUAAAUAUUAUAGAUUAGUAGUUUCCAGAUGAAUAAAAGAAUUUAUAACACCAGUUUAUGAGGUAUAUGAAUCAAAUUUGAAGAUGAACAUAAGUUAACAUGUUAAUUGUCAUUUAAGGCAAUUAUUAUUGGGAACUAUCCUACUACAUGUGCUACCCCUUGAUUUUAUUCCUGGGAAACAAUAGUAUGUGAUGUGAAUUCUGGUCUUUACUCUAUAUAUUUUGUUUUAUAUUUUCACUUUUGUUGCAAUCUAAAAUAAUAAGCCAAAAA